AUGGCCAUCGGAGUUGCGACGGUAUUCAGAAGCCGUGAUGCAAACUGGAUAGGCGCAGCUCGCAGGCGAUUACAGGAAGACAUGUGGUAUAUGGUCGUCGAGCCUGUAAGAAAAGAAGACGGAGACUACUACGAAUAUUAUUGCGUGGUCCCGGACGCCCGCAUCAUUGCUUGGUUCGAGGAUUUCGACGCCAAUCUUCUAUUCCAAGAGUGCGCCUUUGCGAGAGAGUGGAACCACAAGCGGCUGGAGCUAGAGGCACAGUUUUGGAAGCACAUUGAUUUCUUCCCAAGACAUUAUAGCAUGCAACCCUCUGAUGCCACUGAGCUACGAGCUCACUUAGAAUGGUUUCUAGCAGAGGGUUUGACUCUCGAACAAUCAACUGCGGCUUCACUGUUCUGGAGCACCGAUCAAACGGAGAAAGUGAUCGCUCGCCUUAAUCGCACAGAGAGCCUUCUCAACUCUAAUCGUUCCUUACAGGAACAAGGUGUCGCAUUUUGUGGAAGAAUAUGGAAUAUUCUACGGAAGGCCACCACCAAUUUCUCAACUACUAUGGCUUGCCCGAAGCUCGUCUAA